GCUGCUGCAUCUGACAGAGGGGGUGUUAAGGGAGGCGUGGGCGUGAACCCAAACCUCUCCAAAGCCCUGUAUUUUUGAUUCCAGCUUUUAGAAGGCGAGGUGCCUUUGAGAAGCAUCGUUACGCUCUUUGCUCCAGAGAUCACCUUCACAGAGCACUCUGAGCAGUUUGCGUUAAGGAAACCGCAGUUUCCUCUCUUUUCAAUGCGCAAUUUGGAGAUAGGAUUUAUGACAUGAAACUAUAAAUAUGAAAGAAACUGUGCAACAAACAACUUCAGAUUCUCUAUUUGCUAUUUGACGCCUGGACCAUAAGAGAUGAGCUGCACAUGGACAUCUACACUGAAGUUAAUGGAUUUUCACUCGAUGCUGGUGGGAGAUUAAUUUGACAAGUGCGCUGCAUCCUCAUCAGGCUAUGAUUCAUUUUGGGAAUAUCUGACAUGACCAGGAUACUAUCCGUCCUCGCGAAAAUCAUGCUUUGCAAAAUACUGGCACUGAUGCUCUUACAAGGUGUCUUUGAUGCCUCGGUCAUAUCCGAGGUCAGCCCCCGAGGUCUCCCAGACUCCAGCAGGGUGUCUGGCUCCGGGGGAUCCGCGGGUUUGCAGCUGUCUGAGGCAAUGGAGGCGAAGUCCAGACCCAAGCGCUGCACUUGUUAUUCCUACAAGGAUAAAGAGUGCGUCUACUACUGCCACUUGGAUAUCAUUUGGAUCAACACUCCCGAACGCACUGUGCCCUAUGGAAUGUCGAGCUACAGAGGACCACAGCGAAUCAGACGUGCUGUUGGUGAACAAGGAACUGAACAGGAGGAGGCAAAGACUCCGCGCUGCAUUUGUGCUGUGCUUGACACCGACACUGAGUGCCUUGACUUUUGUCUGUCAAGCCCCCUGCAGGCAGCACCAAUCAGGAGUCUCCACAGAGUCCCUGGACCUGGAUGACACUUUGACGUCUCUCCAUCUUCGGCUCUUCUCCUCGUGGGAAUGGACCCAUCCCUCCUUUUCAGCCCCUUCAGUCUGCAUUUGGCACUCUUGCCUCCACAGGUACACUCACAUUCAAGGAAAGAGCUUUGGAGUUUGACACAGCCGACAUUCCUCAGCAUCAUAACUCUUGGAGCAAGUUCCAUCAGGCCGAGUGGUUUCAAGAACUCUUCAGCAAAUUCAGUACAGAUCCCUGGAGGCUAUCCCCUUUUUGUUCCCCCCUCAGUGCAGCAUGAGGAUUAUUUUCACCAUAAUAGCCAAUGACCUUGCUUCUGUCAAGCUUGAUCAGAAAAACCUUUUGUAUUUUAUACCUAGUAACAGUGUUCCGGGCUACUUAACUCUCUCUUCCAAAACAAAGAGAUCAGCUUGUAUAAAUCUUUCAGGGACAACAAAGACAUAGACAACAAAGUGCCAAGAGGAGCCAUGGAAAGGAGCAAGGCAUGACAUUGUGAUAUCACACCUUAAAAAAAUAUUGAAACAUGCAAACAGAAAAAAGGGGAAAGCUUUUGACUGUCCGUGUUAUGGAGCAUAUUAUUGAGCUUUGAUUUGUGAGACUAUUUACAGUCCGUCUGGAAAGCAUUCAUACCCUGACACUUGGCAUAUUUUGGUCAUAUCACUUUUUUUCAUCAAUAAUAUAUCAAUCCAUCACCCAACCAUCAGUCAUAUUCGUUGUGCUUUUACCUCACCGCCCCUGGCGAACAUUCACUCUGUAGUAACUGUAUGACAGCUUAAACUGGGGUGAACUUAUUGAACCAUCUACAGUUGCGUCUAGCCUAAAUUGCUUGGAGCUGUGGAUUGCUUACCACAUGUUAAAAAGUAAGGCUGGCAAUAUUCAACAUAUGUUUCACUGUCAACCAAUCCCUCGAAAAGACCAAAACCAACAAUGAAUUUGUUCUGUUAAGUAUUGUCUGUGCUGUCAAAGUCUGAUAUAUCUUAUUCCUCUGUGCCAUAGACCUCCGCUGCUCUCCAAAAACUAAAAAAGACAUAAAUGAACCUCACUGUUGCACUGGUUGACAUGUUCACUCAUCACGAUAAACAUGGCGUUUAUUUUGAGUCAAUCCCUAGUCAAUCACUAGUGCACCAUAUGUACUGUAUAUUAUUUUGCAGAUGAAAAUAGUCCCCUUACAAAUGCACUAUUAACUCGUUCGAAUAACGUUUGCCAAAAACUGCAGUGUCCAGCUGUGUCAGGAAAGUACUUUUGUAAAAGAUGAAACUAUAAAGAUUUAAAUAUUCAUCAGAAAUAUAUGAACGGACCAAGGUAUGGAAGACGGAAAGUACAUGUCUGUUUAGGUCUUGUAACGGGAUUUACUCUCAAUAAGAAAAAUACAGGGUAAUGCCAGCUUUAUCCUUUAAGGUUAAAUGGUUUUGAUAUGGAGCCACAUUUUAGCAAAUGACAACUCCCCAGUCAACAUGGACACGUGUUCCUCUUAUUCACUGAAUCUUUGGGGUGAAGAAAAAAAUUGAAAGCACCAUGUUGCCCAAGGCCUGAACAGACUGUGAUUCAAGUGUGUCAAAUUCCAUGAAGCCAGUAGACUUAAAAAUGAUAAACUAACAUGCAGUGCUCCAUUAUAGUUGACUGACUGUGUUCCUUGCUUCUGGGUCCACAUGUUCUCUCCCACUGAUCAGUAAUUAAAUGAAUCAUUCCAGAUUCUCUCUCCUGUCCCUUCACUACUCCAUCUUCCUGUCCAGUUUGUCAGUCCUUUUGGCUUUUGCUGUGCAGACAAUGUGUACUUAUUUAUCGUAAUUGCAACUUUUUGGAUUUCCGACAGCAGAAAUAGUUCUCCUGUCACAUGAGCAGUACAAAUAACAUCUUCAGCUCUCUAUUGUUGGGCAGCGUUGUGUCUCACCAUACCAAACCAUUAACCAAAUUAUGUGGUCUACUCUAAGAAACAAAAAGGGACAAUGAAAACAGUAAGUGGCAAAGUAUUUGUUAGUGCCUGUUGGUUUGUGGUCCAUGUAGUUACAGUAUACUGAGAGCAUUUCCAUGAAAAUAGGGUUUAAUGUGAGGAGACAUUUCAAGAAAACACACUCCUAAGUUUGGCACAACCUAUCCAGUGUGCCCUGAAUCUUAUAAAGGGAUUACAGGUUUCUUUUUCUAUAUUCAUAAUAUUCUGCCCGAUUUCUUGCCAAGAAUGCAUCACCACUAGUCUUGUUUCAUACAAGCACUGAACGUUGCUAAGUGGUUUAAUAAAAGUACCGCAGAGAGAAUUCUAGCUGGCUGUUUGUUGCCUUUUUGUGCAUGCUGUCGCUUGGAUAAUAAAGUGGACAUCCAAUAUGUAUUUCCAUUUCAGUGCCAAUAUGUGGCUCCAUUUUGUAAAGCAAUAAUUCUGGUCCAACCAAAUAAAAGCGUAUCUGUGUCAGUUUCCCAUCAACAUUACAAAUCAACAAUGACUUCCCAAAAACUGUACAGUAGGUCUAACUGAUGUAGAGAUGUAUUUGUUCAUUAUUUUUGUUUAUAAGAAUGAUUUCUUUACACAACAUGAAGAGGAUUUACAUUACAUAAAAAGGUGUAGUUCUUGGUGUUGAUGGCGAAGCACACACAGGUACCAUAAUUGGCGUGUGUGUGUGUGUGUGUGUGUGUGUGUGUGUGUGUGUGUGUGUGUGUGUGUGUGUGGAACUUUACAGAAUGUGUAACUUUAUAGAGCAUGCGGAACAUGAAUGUAAUAUUAGAAUGCAACAAGAAUGUUGUGUAAGCUAUUUCAUAUAACAAACAUUGGAGAGUUUCUCACUGAUUCAUUGAUUCAUAAUCACAGUAAGAGUAUGACGACGAUCAUACCUGUGAUCUGACAUAUAGACCAGACAUGUCUAAUUAUUAUUUUUGCAUGAACCGGAACAUUGGAGAUACCCUCAUAAAUUAAGGUGAAUCAGUCAGCCAUCACGCCCUUUCAGUCCCCCCCCCAUAAUUCAUAUUUAUUGUCAUCCUAAAGAGAUUUACACUGCUACUAAAAUGAAGAAUUACCAUUCUCUCAUAAAUUCUUCAGCUGUGGAUGUUAUUCUACAUAUAAAACAUGACUGGACCACCAUGAUUCUGUCCCCCCCAAAAGAGGCGCGGCCCUUAUGACGUAAUGCCGGUCCGGUCUAAGGGAAAAUGGAAAAAGAAGUUUAUGGUUGCAAAUAACGUAUACCCUUUCAACAAAGUGUUGCCUUCCCACUUUGUACAUGAUGUAUGACUUAACGUACAUUUGUAGAUUUGUUUCUUACAUCAAGGGGGCAGGAUAAUAUAAAGGGAAUGGAGGAUGCAAUUUUUAAACCGUGUGACAAAACAUGCUGUAAAAGUCUAAUUUCUUAGAAUUAAGCACUAGUAUUUAUAUUUUGUUAAAAGUUACUUUCAUGCCAGUUACCAGAUAGUACAUAAUCAUGGUUUCACUGCUGGUAUGAUCGAUUCUUAGGAGAAAUUAAUUUUCUUCCUUCAACAUGUAAUUUAAUGUUUACUACUACAACCUCUUUCUUGUCGUUACCAGUGACUAAUUUCAUUCUCAUGUACUUUUCGAUAAAAGGUUGUGACUGCAGUAUAUUGACCUUUGCUGGGGAGCAUCAACAAUCAAUAUAAUGAAAAUAUUUAUUCUGUCCUUACGUGUGGAGCAUUAUUUGCCAAAAUUGUAUAGCCCUCUGGUGUAAAGCCAGGCUACAAACCCAGAGGAGUGAAAUUCUUUCAUGGGAACUGAGCUUCUCUGGUCAGGGGGUGGGUGUGUGGGAUAGGGGUGGGGUUAAUGCAAGGUGGUGCACAGCUGGGUAGCCUGGGGUUUUAUUGUGUGUUGGGUGUGUAGGUUAACUGCAGUGCUUUAACCCUCGUUUUUUAUUUCCCAGAUUGCUUUGCUAACUUAUGGCUGUCUGAGUAGAGUUCAUGUGUGCUGAGUUAAAGAGUUUAUCAACCCUCCUGUCCUACGCCCUGUUGAGCCAUGAACCGCCACCAUAUCCAGUAAUAAGCUUGCUUUCAGUUCUCAAGACUACCUCUGGUGUUAGUCCAUGUUUUAUCUCUCUAAGUGGGCCAGUCCAUUGUACAGUAUCUAAUAAUCUUUUGAAUGUCAUACUGUAAACUGUAUGACAAGAUUAAAAUUAGCAACAGUAUGUGCAUAUUCCGUUGGGGUUGAAUAAUUAGCAUGAUGAUCAGUUGUUUUUUGCCUUGCUACAGGCGAGGAAUCCAAAAAGCAACAGGUCAUCAUGCUAAAUAAAAAGAAACUGGCAUAACUCUGCACAAUAGUACAACAGAUAUUUAUAGAAACCAAUAGCAGCCACAUUGUGAUAAUUUUUCUGCUAUCACAAGAUCACAAGUUAAUUAUCUUGCUAUCUUGAGAUAGCAAAGUUGUUUUUUCAUGAUAAUGACAUCAUUUUCUUGUUAUCUGGAGAAAACAAAAUAUAAUUUUCUUUUGAUAAUGGAUUAAUAUUCUUGUUAACUGGAGAAAAUGUCUUUUUAAUUUCUCAAGAUAAGGAGAGAAAAUUAUCCCGUUAUUACAAGAAAACGGCUUUGUUAUCUCAAGAUCGCAAGAUAAUUUAACCUAAGAUUUUUAAAAAGAAUUAACUAACUAGCAACUAACUUCCCUUUCUUGUUUAUGAAUCAUACAUUAGUUAUUGUGUUGUGAAUCAGAUAAUAUAUAUUAUAUAUUUCAUGUCUCAGAGCUGCAUUUCUGCCACACAAACACCUUUUUCCUGCCACACAAACAUAGAACAUGAGACCAAAUGGACCCCUUGAAACCCUAAUACCCCCUAUCACCCUGGAAUGUCGCACUAAGUCUACCGUCAAUAAGCCUACCCUGGAGCCUCAGUAUAAACCUUCUGCAGUGAGCACCAAUUAUAUCGCUCAGAGAGAAAGGCCUUAUUCCCACAGUAUAUCCUGGGAAAUAUUUCUGUGCAGACAUCCUGACCAUGCAACUGCAGGUUCAGAGCCCCUACCACGGCUUACAGUUUGUUGUUUGUGUUCUGGUUCAUUAAAUGAAUAGACCUUGUGCCAUACAGUGAACAUUUUCUGGAUACUGAUAAUUAAAAGACCCUAAGAACUGCUCGGGUCACACAAGCCUUUCCAGACACAAUGAUAUUAUGUUGAUAUUUUUGCAUAGAGUAUAUUCUGUUUUUGAGUCGGGGUAAAAAACAUUUACUAUAAUCAAUUUUUAAGGCAUUGUGUUAUCCUUUGCUUAUUGUGCAUUAUUGGCUUAUUGUACCUAUUAUAUUCUUGAUUUGGUGCAUAAAUUAUAUAAAAAAAGUCGAAAUGUAAUACUAUGUUGCUCAGAUAAGAUAAAUGUUUCUGAUAGGGUGUGUCUUUAUUAUUGAUUUAUCCUCCACCAAAAUAUUUGUUAUAAUUUUGUUUUUGUUUAACAAUGUACACAAAGAUACAUGUAAUUAGGUGUGAAGAUGCAUUAAAGUCUUUUAUCUUUUGGUUAUAACAUAA